AGUGGCUAAGUCACAUGCCAAGACCCAUGAGACGCGCAUAGGACAUCUCCCACGUUCUAGCCUUUCUCUUUCUUAGUAUUAUCAUCAAACACCAAUUUCCCCAAAUAUUCUUCUUCUCCUACGAUAAGCUUCACUCAAUUUAAUCUUGACCGUCCACAUCCUUUUAAGAUAAGGGGGAAGGGAGAGAAAAAUGUCGAUCAAGGUGGCGUUGCCGUCGAUGGUUGCGGCGUACCUUACGGUUAUUGUCGUUCUCAUCGGAACAGCAUCCGCCGCAACUUACACUAAUCACACGGUGGGUGGACCUCCUCCAUCUGGUUGGUUCUUUAAUGCUACCACCAAUACUUCGUCUACUAAUUACUCUACUUGGGCUGCCACUCGAACCUUCAAUCUCGGCGAUUAUAUUAUUUUCCAUACCAACACUAAUCAAACAGUGGUCCAAACAUACAACUCCACUACCUACAAUAACUGCACCGCCGAUUACUCCUCCGACAAUGACACACUCAUCUUCAACUCGGGCGCCACCGUCUUCGACCAGCCAUUGACCAUCUCCGUCCCAUUGACCAAAGUGGGCCCCAACUACUUCUUUUCUGAUGCCGGUGAUGGUGUCCAAUGCCAACGUGGUAUGCGGUUUGACAUUAAGGUUGGUCAAGGGUUGGGCCUCCCUCCGAGCCUCAAUCAGCCUCCACCUCCACCGUAUACUCCACCGCCAAUGGCAGAGCCUUCCCCGGUUUUCCAGGGCAGUGGAGGUGGUCAGGGAGAAAGUAUUUAUAAUGGAGUUGAGAGGAUGGGUGGCAGAGUUUUUAGAGUUGCUGUUAUUUGGAUGGGCCUAUUUGGUUUGGGCUUGGUCUUGAUUUUUUGAAUUAAUCCGUCCCCAAAAUUUUAAAGUAGAGUCCAUGAUUAAUUUAUAUGAAUUUUGAAGGGUACUUUCGGGAUGGUUUGUGUUUUGGAAUUUUGUGUCGGCAAGGGGCCAAAGAAUUGUUAUUGGCGGGAGACACUUGUAUACUUCACGUCUUCACAUUUUGUUAUUCGCGAUUGAUUAGAUACUUUCCAGAUUAAAACAAAAUUUUAAACCAUAUUAGAAUAUAUCCGUGUUAAACAUCA